UCAGUGGUAUCAGAGCCAGUAUGGUGAGUUGGAGAGUUUCAAUAGUGAAAGCUUUACUUGUCCAUAUCACACUUAUUUCUUUGUUUAUCGUAGCAGUGAUAAAUGGCCUCUGAAAAUUUUGUACAACCAUCAAUUCCUCAUGUUGAUGGUCAUUAUGAUCAUUGGAGCAUGUUGAUGGAAAAUUUCUUUAGAUCCAAAGAAUACUAGCAGGUGGUUGAUUCUGGUAUACCUGAACCAGUAGCUGGUAUUGUUCUAAUAGAGGCACAAAAGACAGAGUUGAAGGCCUAAAGCUAAAGGAUUUGAAGGCAAAAAAUGACUUAUUUCAGGCAAUUGAUCAUGCUAUCUUGGAGACAAUUCUUAGCAAAGAUACUUCCAAGCAAAUAUGGGAUUCAAUGAAGAAAAAAUAUCAAGGUUCAUCAGGAGUGAAACACAACUUCAAGCUUUGAGAGAGGACUUUGAAACUCUACAAAUUAAGGAUGGUGAAUCUGUAACUAGUUACUGCUCAAAGACUAUGGGAAUAGCAAACAAUAUGAGAUUCCAUGGUGAAAAAAUGGAAGAUGUGGCUAUUGUUGAAAAGAUCCUGCGUCCAUUAGCCCUAAGGUAUGAUUAUAUUGUUUGCUCAAUUGAAGAAUCUAAGGAUAUUGAUACACUUUCACUUGAUGAACUGCAAAGUUCUUUAUUAGUUCAUGAACAGAAGAUAAAUCGUAGCAUAACCAUAGAUGAGCAAGCUUUAAAGGCUUCUACUUAUGCUCAAUCCUCUAACUCAAGAGGAAGGGGUAGAGGUAGAGGUAAAAGAAAGGGAGGUCAAAGCAACAGAGAUGGAAGCAGGCAAUAUUCAGAAGCUACUGAUGAUCAAUCAGAUGUUUAUGGAAGAGGUAGAGGACAUGAAUUUGAAAAAUCCAAGAUAGAGUGUUACAGGUGCCAAAAGUUUGGUCAUUAUCGUUCUGAGUGUUAUACAAAAUUGCCAGCUGAUAUAGAAAAGAGGGAGAAGUCAAAUUUUGCAGAAAAUGAAGAAACAAAAGAAACAUUAUUGAUGGCCAAUCAUGUUAAGAAGAAGCUUGAACCAGAUGUUUGGUACGGAGAUACAAGCUGUAGAUGUGCUAUAUCUUGA